CUCCCGAACCUGCACCAACCAUUCCGCUAUCACUUCCACUUCUGCCCCACCAACCUCGAGCAUCGACAUGAAUAAUUUCGGAGUCAUCGAGGUCGCCAGCACGGCGACAAAAAACACACCGGGGUGGGCCUACGUACCGGAUACAGGGCCUGCGCUGUCCGCUGCAUUGCAGCCCGCCAACCGAAAACGCGCCGCACGUAAACAGGCCGCCCUGAGCUUGUCCGAUCUCUCAGCACGCGAGGAGACGAGGAUACGAAAGGAUCUCGAAACCCUCGACCGCGAUAGCCACAGAGAUGCGAACAUUCCGAUACCGCCCCGGCCAGGAGGAAGUAGGGCUCAAAACAAGCACACCCCAAACGUGCGCAAGAUCCUCCAGUCGCAAAAGACAUUCGCCAACCACCUCGAUGACUACCAAGCGAUGCUCGCCCUAGCCGAGAGCAACCCUGCCGCCGCAGCAGCUAUGAACGCAGCACUGACCAAACCAUCCACACCCACAACGGCCGCCUCGAAGAGUGCCUCGCCAGUACCCACAGCAGCAUCCGCCGGUGGGAGCAAGCGGUCAGCGGCGGCGGCGAAACGAGCAGCAGCGAAGGAGAAACAGGAACAGGAAAGGAAAAAAGCGCGACAAACACCCAAAGCAGAACCAGAGCCCGAGGCCGAGCCACAACAACAACAACACCAACAACAAGACGACCAAACCGACGUCGAGAUGACCGACGCCACGGCACCGACCGAACCCACGCCAACCUCAGCGCCCGAACCAACAACCCCCCAACCAUCCACCUACCCGCGCGAGAGCCUCAUCCUCCCGGCGUACGCCAAGCCGCCGCCCGCGGCGCACCCGGGCGACGGCGACCCGCUGCUGGUCUCGCACGUGCCGCCGUUCCCGUCCGACGACGAGCUGCGGGCGCUGAUGGAGGCGCCGCCGCUGAGCUACCUCGAGGCGCGCGCCGCCUGGGGCGACGAGGAGCGCCGCUACCCCGUGCGCGCCUUCUGCGCCGUGUGCGGCUACUGGGGCCGCGUCAAGUGCAUGAAGUGCGGCACGCGCGUUUGUGCUCUGGAGUGCCUGGAGGCGCAUCGCGAGGAGUGCGUUUCGCGGUAUGGGUUGUGAUGGGUGGGG